AUGGAGUGGUCUUGUGCACAAGUUAUUCAAUGGUGUAAAUCAUUUAUUGAUGAUGAUUCUAUUUUAUCUCGAUUUGAAGCAGAAAAAGACAACAACAACAUAAAUACAAUUCUCGCCAUUGGUCAGCAGCAAGAAAAUAUUGAUUUGCUUGUUGAAUCUGAUUUAACUAACAGUGAUAACGAUGAUGCAUUAGAUUUUGUUAAUGAUGAUCUAGAAUCUAUGUUAUUAAAAGAUGAUUAUGAAACAGAAUUUUAUAACUCCGUUUUAUCACCUAGUACAACUGCUAGUGAUGAGACACCAUUUGUAUCAAUGAUGGACAUUAAAAGAUCAUAUGUUUUAUUUAUCCUACAAUUACGUGAAGAAUUUUUACUACCGAAAAAUAUCACAAGUACUAUUUCUACUUAUAUUAUAACAUUAAUGCAAAAUAUAGAAAUUUUACUUGAAAAAAAAGCAUUUAAUUAUUCUGCCGAUAGUUAUUCAUUUACAUCUCCAUCUUCUCGAAAAGAAAAUAAAAAAACUAUUGAAUUUCAUCAAUUAAAACAUACCCUCAAUGACAUAUGCAACGCGAUUGAAUCGAUUACUAAAAAUGAGUACCAAUUUAUAAAACACUCUGAAAAAUAUUUUGGGUAUACUUCUCCUGAAGAAAUUGUUGUAUCUUCUGUUGGUGAAGUUCCAGAACGUGGUUAUUUUGUUCCGAUUGAGAGAACAUUGCUAUCAAUGCUGGAUUCUCAACCGCUUGUUGACCAAAUUCAUGAAAAUAUUUACCAACAGCAAACAUUAACUGAAUACGAUAAUGAUUUGAUGUUCUCGAUUCGAGAUGGAUACCAUGGCAAUAAAUUAGAUCAUGAUAGUUUAUUAAUUCAAUUGUACUUAGAUGACAUUGGAUUGACCAAUCCUAUCGGUUCAAAACGUGAUGAACAUAAAAUGUGUAUGGUUUACUUCUCUCUUGAAGAUAUCCCUGAUCAUCAUCGAUCAAAAAUUGAUUUUAUUCAGUUAAUUGGCAUUUGUGAAAGUAAAGUUCUAAAGGCUGAACGCUUCUUUCAACCUAUUAUCGAUAAUUUAAAUAAAUUACAAAUUCAUGGUCUUGUAAUUAAUGGUAUUCAUCAUAAAUUCUCAUUUUCUACUGUUGUUGCCGACAAUCUUGCUGCACAUUUGGUCGGCGGUUUUCAAUCAUGUUUUAAUAAUGAAAAUUUUUGUCGACGAUGUUACGUCACCUAUGCGGACAGAAACUUACCAAUUCCAUUAUCAAAAAUUAAAAUUCGAACGAUAGUUGAUCAUGAUAAUUUUGUCCAAGAAAUCAUCAAUAAUCCUAAUAAAUCUCCUUUGAUGGGUGUGAUUGGUGACAGUCUGUUGCAUGAUCUUAUUGGUUUUCAUCCCACGGUCUCAUUACCCGGAGAUUUAAUGCACGACUUUAUCGAAGGCAUUUGUCCGAUUGUUGUAAUGUCUCUAUUGAAACAAGCUUCAUCAAUGCGUCUCAUAACAUACGCUCGUAUUCAAUAUCGAAUGGAAAAUUUCGAAUAUGGUCGCUUUGACACCAGUAAUCGACCACCACCGAUUCAAGUAAAACAUCUUCAAAAAGGUCGAAUUGUUGCCACGGCUGCUCAAAAGUUAUGCAUUUUCAAAUUAUUUCCAAUUAUUUUUCAUGACAUCAUUUGUCAUUUACCAUCAUUUAUUGUCUACAAAGUUCUGCGUGAAAUUUUAGAUCUUGUUCUGUCAUACCCGUUCAGAAAGCAAUGGCUACCUGUGCUUGGGGAUUUAUGUGAUACAUUUCAUCAAAUGAUGUUAACACAUUUUCCAAAUAACAUGAUACCAAAAGUUCAUUUUGUACGUGAAUAUGAACGAAUAAUAUAUGAUUAUGGUCCAGCAAUAAAACAAUGGUGCUUUAGAUACGAAGCUUGUCAUUCGUAUUUUAAAAAAAUUACAAUGAGAACAAAUAAUUUUAAAAACACUCCGAAGAUGCUCGCAACACGUUAUUGUCUUAAACAAUGUUUUAAAUUUGCCAAUUUAUCUCGAUUGAAAAAUCUCAAUUAUCUAGUUGGAGUCAAAAAAAUUCGAAGCACAUGUUUUAAUAUGUUGAUGAAAAAUGUGCUAAUGAAUCAUUUUGGUCGUAUCAAUCUUGAGGAAAAUUUAAAUCAAUGCAAUAAAUUGAUACAUGAAAACAUUGAAUUUUGUCGGGCAGCUGUAUAUGUAAUGAAUGUAGAACCUCUCAAUGAACAGCCAGUUUUUGCUCAAAUUGUUUUUAUUCUUAAAAUGGAUGAGAAAUGGUGGCUAUUCGCUGAUAUACUUAAUACUAUUUCGUACAAUGAAGAAUUAUUCGCAUGGGAAAUAAAGUCGAUUGAUCGUUAUGUUAUUCUUGAUCCAUGCCAAUUAAAAUAUUAUUAUAAAGGAUUAGAUGUUUACCAAGUGAACAACUCAAAAUAUGAUAUUGAUGGCAAAACUCUCAAGAUGAUGAACAGUGUUGAGCGAAUAUCACCAUUAAUACCUAAAUUUAAACAACAGUUGAUCUUUUUGGAAGAACGUGAAAAACUAUUCAAAAAAAUUGAUGAUUAUUCUGUUCAAUUUGAUGGUUCAUUCUCUAAUGCAUCGACAAAUGUUCAAACAUCAUCUGUGGUUUCAAUCGAUUCUCUAUCAUCAUCUAUGAUUUCAAUUGAUUCUCAAUCAUCAUCUAUGGUUUCAAUUAAUUCUCAAUCAUUAUCUUUUGUUCCUGCACCAACAAAUGGUUGUUUAUCAAAUCAACGUAUGGAAAAUUCAAGAUCUGAUCAAUAUGGUGUUGAUGCAGAUAUUUUUAUACCUUUUCCAGAUAAUUAUAAAAUUCCUCCAUUACCAAAUGCCUUGAUUAAAGAUAUUGAAAACGGAAUUGUAGAAAAAUUUGGUCCACAUUGUGCAAAUCGACAAAUACUUAUUGAUGCUGUCGCUUACGACCUGAUUGAAAAAUAUAAUCUCUUGUAUCCAAACCAUAAACAAUUUGAUGAUAUUGGUAAUUCUAUUGUUAAAUAUCUUAAAUUACCUUUAACAGAACAAAAUAUCACCAUAUGGAAAGAUGCCUUGCAAACAAAAUUAAAACGUAAACGUUUUGAAUAUCGAAACAACACUGUUGUUCAAGAACACUUGCUAAAAUAUUCACGAUCAGGAUUUGGACGUCCAGUUAAACGAAAAAUUGGUGAAACAGCUGAACGUGAUCGAUACAAACAAGUAAAUUAG